GGUUGGUCAACUGAGGGCAGUGUGUACGAGUUGGCAUGCGUUCGAGUUCACCUGUUCCGUUGCGUUUUUGGAAGGCAGGAAAUUCUGUUGAAAGGUGAAGGCGGUACUGCCUACCGCACUCUGGCACAGCACGUGGAGACCUUUGUUAGGUUUGUUACGUCAUGAUCGUGUAGGCUUGCCCUGGUUUAAGGUGGCAGCCAGAGUGAUCACGCGCAUGACAAUCGCAAUAUAAUAGGCCUCAGCCUACAUCGAAACAUAACGAUUACUUAUUAUGCCAUAUGGACGCCGCUAAACGGAGAGUCCCUUACGCUGAUGAAAAGCCAGUCUGAAACAGCCUAGCCGAGGCAGAAGCGUUUUGCAAGUCAUAAACAUUUUCAGUGGUAACAUAGUCCCAGUGGUCACCAUGCAUAAUUCCACUCACCCACCCACAAGCAAUGCCUUCAAUGACCUGUACCCAGCUAUCCUAGAAUGCUUCGGUAUCAUUCUCCUGGGCUACGUGGCUGGCCGCACCAAAGUCAUCUCACCCGCCAAUUCCAAAGGUUUGGGCAACUAUGUCACUUACUUUGCCUUGCCGGCGCUGGUGUUCAAAUCCAUGGUGGAAAUGGACUUCUCAAAGGUCAACUGGCUGUUCUGGUGUAGCAUCUUCAUCUCCAAGGCAGUGGUCUUUGUCAUGGUCUACUUUGCCGCUCUCUUCAUCAGCCGCAAGAUGGACCUGGGAAAGGCUGGCAUCUUUGCCAUCUUCUCAUCACAGAGCAAUGACUUUGCACUGGGCUAUCCAAUCAUCAACUCCAUGUACAAAGUCCGCCACCCUGACUUUGUGAGUUACUUGUAUCUGAUGGCUCCUAUUAGCUUGGCCAUUCUUAAUCCUAUUGGCUUCCUAUCCAUGGAGAUACAACGCAACAGGCAAGCCACUCGUCGCCGCUCACGUCUUGCCAUGAUUGGCCAUGCUGUCAAAGGUCUGGUGACCAACCCCAUCAUCAUCAUGGUGGUGCUUGGCAUUGUGGGCAACUUCGCCUUCUCCCACCAGAUGCCCACGGUCAUCACUGACUUUCUUUCAGUCCUGGCUGACUCCUUCUCGGCCACAGCACUGUUCUUCCUGGGCAUCGGCAUGGUGGGCAAGAUGAAAAAGACCACCAGCCUGUUCUUCCUGGCCCCCAUGCUGCUGAUUGGAUGCAAGCUGAUUAUGAUGCCCCUCGUCACACGCCAAGUGGUCUUGUUUCUGCAACCGGGUGGUAAUGACACCAACUUGACGGAGAGUUUCUCCUCCUAUGGCUUCCUGUACGGCACCAUCCCAACUGCACCAAGCGUCUACAUGUUUGCCACGCUCUUUGGCCAAUCUGAGGACGUGAUUGCAUCGUCGAUGGUACUCUGCACCUUUGCAUCGGCGCCUAUGAUGUUCAUCACUGCCACCAUGGUCAACCUGCCGGUGCAGAGCAGCGCCGAGACCCAGUAUCUCCUGUCCACGGUGAUGGUUGAUGUGGGCUGCGUUGGCAUCGCUUGCUGUGUCUGGAUCCUACUUGUAUUCAUCCUUAGCAAGAGGUUCAACCCCAUACCCCAUCACUUCACUUUUCAUCUUGUCGUAGCACAGCUGUUGGCCUCCAUUGGCAUCGUGCUGACUGGGACAGUAGCUGAACACAGCUGGGUUAUGAUUCUGAAGUCGGUGGUCCUCCUGUUUGGUGUGUUCAGCACACGCUGCUGGGCUGCCUUGCUGGCCAUGGCAUUGUGUAUGCUUAGGUGUAGGAGUCUGUGCUCUGUGCUGCGAUUGCGGCUGGCAUUUUACAUCUACGGAUGGGCGGUACCAGCUCUGCUGGUAGCCUUGAUCAUCGUGGUAGCUCCCCCAAUGUACGUUAUCACUGGUGAAAAUGGUGUCUUCCAGUAUGGAAAUUUGCAGCUUGUAGCGUCAGUGGUCGUACUUGGUAUCAACUUCAUCAUAGCUGUCACUGCUCUCAUAGUCCUACACAGAAAGGACCGAUAUCGACACCUUUACAAUGUCAGAGUUGAAUCCAGCACCGAGAACACUGGUAGCUCUGAUGGGGACAGUGAAACAGAUCGCAUGUUAAAAGGUUCCGCGCAAGAGUCCAAUCACAACCUCCCUUCGGACAUCGAGGACGUACGCACCACCUACCAGACAUGCUCGCUCUCCACCAACUGCAGCGAGUCACAGCGGGAGUUGUGCCGUCGCCGCACGCAGCUGCACCAACGGCUGAUGGUCAAAGCCAUGGAAGACACAGACCUUGACCCCGAUGACAUUGUAGCCUCUCACCAGCUGGGCAGACACAUCAUCCUACUGCUCUUCCUUCUGCUCUCAAUGACAAUCGGUUUUUCGGUGUGUGUCUGGAAGUUAUCUAGUGAAGCCGAGAACUCCCUUUUCCUCAUGCUAGAGUUCCUGGACACAGUCUUGACAUACUCCCAAGGGUUUUUCACACUGGCUGUCUUUGGCUUUGAUACACAAAACGUCAUCAUCCCGUUCUACAAUGCAAUGCGACGGUUGCUAUGCAGGAAGAAGUACCGACGAGCUUCCCAAGACGACGAAGAGGAGCUGGACCAAGACACACAGCACACCGUGCAGCAGUUCACUCAGCAUCACAUCAAGAGCUGCAAGAAAGACAUCCUGAAUGACUCCAGAGUUGGGCUUCAAGAGAGUGAUGAAGUGUUCCGUGGCGUGGACCUUGUCGAUUGGCUGGUUGAAGUUGGCCUAGCUAUAGAUAGGGAGGCUGCCCUCGUCUACGGCAACAGGCUCCUGAUCGGACAGGUCAUCGCGCACGCUGACAAGAUGCACGGUGGGUUCAGAGACAGCCAAGCUCAGUACGUAUUCAACUACAAGGAUGACUCUGAGAGUGAAGACCUGCAAGUGGUGAUGUAGUCAGCCAUCUUGGUGCAGUACCCCGUCCCCAGCUUAAGAUCCAUGUGAAGUUUUAAUAACUGAACAUUAAGGCACUAGAGGCUGAAAUGAGGCUGGUACCUAAAAACCGAGCAGUACAAAGGUUUCUGAAGGUAAUUCUGACAAGUUGGGAUGACCAUUCAAGAAAUCUUACAAAUUGUUGCAGGUUCCUUUUGCCAUUUGUUUGAAUCUUUACAAAGAUUUCCACAUUUCUGUCCAGUUGUCCUAAGGACAUUGCUGACCCUGUGAUCUGUCCUGAUAUUUCAUGUGUUGUGUCAAAUUGUCAUACCAUCGGCACCUUCUUUUACCUAGACAGGUAAACACAAUGUGUGUCACAUUUGUGCUUGGCAUAAUUUAGGGACAAGUCAUCCAUUCUCGGGUUGAGCCACCUAUUGAAAUAAACUGUGACAAAUGAGACAUGGCUCAUCUCUUGAUAGUUGUGACUGGUCUUAUGAUAUGGACUUGACGUCUGUUAUGACAUCAAAUUAAAAACCGGUCUCAUCAAGUCAAAGAAUGGCUGGCAUUCCCUGCAGUUAUGCUAGUACCAGUACCAGGGUCCGAAUGUACGUGUAUAUACAGACAUUGCAGCUUUGAUUUGUACUAAUGUUGCUUUUAGUAGCUAUUUUUGUUCUAUAAGUUUUGCACUUACAUGUAAAGAAGCAGGUGUAUGCAAUAUCAAAUAAAUUUAUUUCUUGACAUCUCUUGCCCAGAGCAUGCAUAAUGAAUACGUUGUAGUUGAUAAUGAUCAUAUAAUAAAGAGUUCCACACAGGACCCUAUUUCUUGUAGCUGGGUCAUUCCAUGAGGUUGGGGCACAAUUUGUGAUGGUGUCCUUGUUAUAUGGGUCACUUUUACCACCUGUCA